AUGGAAGAUAUUCGCAGCAUAGGAACAUUCGACAACCUGACGCUGGAAAGGCAAGGAUGCGUCUUCAUAAUUACGAUGAUGAUGGGGGCUGAGAAUCGACUGAACAUCAAAUUCUGCCAGGAGAUGAUUCAAGUCUUUAACACCGUUCGAGAGAUGCUCGGGCCCAACUCCAACGGCGCCGUCGUUACGCGUGGGGAGGGCGCCAAAUUCUUUUGUACGGGCCUUGAUCUGGAAGAAACGAGACGCAAUCCGCAUGCAAAUGCAGAUGGAUUUUAUCCGUUGUUGCAUACCAUCUUGGACUUUCCAUUCCCCACAAUUGCCCUCGUAAAUGGCCAUGCCUUCGGAGGAGGGUGUCCGCUGGCAUUUGCACACGACUACCGUGUCAUGAACUCCAAACGGGGCUUCAUCUCGAUGCCCCCGGUCGAUCUGGGGAUGUAUUUCCCGGGGGUGGGAAUCCUCCCACGGCUCAAAUUGCAACCACGCGUUGCACGCAAGGUGCUAUUGGAGGGCCAUCGUUUUACCGGUGUGGAGGCCCUGGAGGACGGGUUGGUUGACGCCAUUGCCGAGCCAGAUCGAAUGCUCGGGGUUGCCAUGGGGCUGGCAAACAAAUGGGCCCCCAAAGCAAAGGCUGGUGUCUAUGCUCUCCUACGAUCGGAGCUUUGGGGCGAGAUGGAUAGGGGAGUCCAGCAGAUCAGCUACGUUCAUAGUCGACCGACCUUUUUGCCGGGCAAGGCUAAAAUCUGA